AUGCAUGAGGCUACCCUCCCUGUGCGCGCCAGAGCGCUGUCUGUGGCUACUGAUGUCCCAUGGUUUCUGAAAUUGGAUCAUGAUGGUGAGGUGGUUUACGAAGCGACGGACCGGCCGCUGUUGAAGAGCGGUACGUUGACAGGACUCGUGGAACAGUUGACUCGCCAUGACCGGCUAGACCUUGUCUUCAAUGAGACCUUCCUCAUCACCUAUCCGACCUUUGUAUCCGCUCCGGACCUCUUCGAUGCCCUCUUCCAACGAUUCCAUGUCGAGCCCCCGGGUCAAUUGACUGAACCCGAACUGCAGCUGUGGACCCGGCACAAACAAAGGGCAAUCCGUCUCCGGGUCGUCAAUAUCUUGAAGACAUGGCUGGAACGGUUCUGGAUGGAGCCACCCGAGGAAGCCACAACAGACUUUCUCCGGAGGAUACACGCCCAGAUCAAGAACUCAGCGGAUAUGAUGGAGACGCCUACUGCCCCGCAAUUACUCAGUGCUAUCGAUCAGCGGAUCCAAGGACAGGAGAUCACAAAACGCCUCGCCACGCCGCCGAACUCCAACAUUCCCAAACCCAUCACACCCAAGAAUAUGAAGAAGCUGAAGAUACUGGAUCUCGACGCCACUGAGCUCGCCCGUCAGCUGACGAUCAUCGAAUUCAACCAUCACGCGCGGAUCAGGCCGUGUGAAUGCCUUAGCCAGAAAUGGAAGAAGAGGAGGUCCAACAGCACCGAGCCGUCCACGGGGGUCAAUGCCAUGAUUCUGCAUUCGAAUCGGCUGGCUAAUUACGUGGGUGAGCUUGUCUUGGCGCAGGAUGAGCUGAAAAAGCGGGUGUCUAUGAUCAAGUUGUUUGUGCAGGCUGCCGAUGUCUGUCGUUCGAUCAACAAUUAUGCUACUUUGAUGUCAAUUGUGUCCGGCCUGGGACAGUCCCCUGUCUUUCGACUCCGGCAAACGUGGGGUCUUGUCAACCCGCGCAUUCGCAGCCUACUUGAGGAGCUGCGGGGUUUGAUGUCGAGUGAGAAGAAUUGGGCCAAGUAUCGCGAGGCUUUACGGCAGACUAGUCCGCCUUCUGUUCCGUUCCUGGGAAUCUACCUCACAGACCUAACAUUCAUUGACGACGGCAUCCCCGACCUCGCGCAAUCCGGCACGAUCAACUUCACCAAGCGCAUCAAAGUAGCCGAAGUCCUGCAAGACAUCCAACAGUACCAAAACAUGCCCUAUAAUCUCCAGCCCGUGCCGGAGAUCCAGGACUUCCUGAUCAGGAACCUGAGGGCCACAAAGGACGUGAGCGACAUGUAUGACCGGAGUCUUCAGCUAGAGCCGCGCAUGGCGAACGAGGAGAUCGUCGUGCGACGUGGUGCCCAUACGGCCACCGGUAGCAAUAUGAGCUCAGUCAUUAUUGCUAGUAUGGCUAUGCGGUGA